UCUUAGUUCAACAUAGGCUCUACUUUAUAAGGCCAGUCCCUCCUAAGUUAUGUAGUUGGCCGUGUAGUUUCGAACCGAAUUGGCUCAAAGUCAUACUGAACACUAUCGCUCAUCAUACCACAUCACAUCGAGUAUUCUCUUCUGAGCUAUCAUGGCUGUCACGAAGCGUUCAUCUUUGGUCCUCGACACUGCUCGUCAGGCUCUUAGACAAGCUGAAAAACUUGUCCGCUAUCUCGAGGAGAAUGGUUUGGACGAACCAAAUUUUACUGCUUCCUCUCCUCCUCAUCCAGAGAACGACGAGUACGAUGCUAUCUGCACCAACUUGACUCAAGCUACUCAGGAUCUCACGCUUCUCGCUAAGGGGCCCUUGUCAUGGAUUCGCACGUUUUGCUGCUGCCACCAUGAUCUGGCCGCUUGGCAAGUUGCACUACGAUUCAAAUUCUUCACCACCGUACCUCUAGGCAAGUCUAUUUCUGUUAAAGAGAUGGCCUCUGUCGCAGGUAUGGACGAAGACCGACUUCGGCGCGUCAUGAAGUUCUUGACCACACAGCGGUGCUUCCAAGAACUUGAAGACGACAGGUUUGAGCACACUUCUUUAUCAGCCUACAUUGCUAAGAACAAGGAUAUUGAGCAAUGUUUUGCUUUCGAGGCGGACGAGAUGUUUGAAGCAUCUUCACUCACAGCAAGCUCAAUCCAAAAAGCGCCGUACACAUCCGAAGCAAAGGAUAGUGCGUUCAACCUAAGGUUUGGCACUUCACCAUAUACAUGGUACGCCGAGAACCCCGAGCGCGGGGCACGAUUCGCUUCAGCAAUGGCAGGAUAUGUUCAAAUGAACCGAGACACCACUGAGUUGCGCAGCCGGUUCCCUUGGGCUCAACUUGGGAAAACGAAGGUUGUCGAUGUUGGAGGCGGAAGCGGACAUGUCUCUAUCUAUCUAGCAGCUGAAUUCCCGAAUCUGAGCUUUCUUGUUCAAGACGUCAACACUGUGAUGCUUGAACAGGGUCCGAAGCGCGUAGACUACCCCCAGGUUCAAGAUCGAGUUUCCUUCAUGGAAUACAGCUUUUACGACCCCCAGCCUGUCACUGAUGCUGGGCUAUUCUUCCUCCGUCAGGUAAUUCACAAUUAUCCAGACGAUGUCUGUGUGAAGAUUUUCAAGUCAUUCGUUCCCGCAAUGGAGAGAGGCUCUCAAAGGCCGAAUCUGUUAAUUAAUGAUAUGCUCCUCCCUCCGCCUAACGUCGAGGCCAAAGUCGAAGAGCAUCACUUACGACAGAUUGACAUUCACAUGCUGAAUGGAUAUGCAGCCAAGCAACGAACUUUACUUGAGUUUGAAACUAUUCUAAAACAAGCGGAUCCGCGAUUUGAGGUUGUGAAGGUCCAUGGGAAAGGAGUCAUGGGUUUGAUCGAGGUACAACUGAAGCAUUGAGGCCGAAGCUAGAAUUUCCUGGAUAUAAGGAGCAGAG